AUGGCUGCCGCAAUCAAAGCCAUCAAUGCGAAGAUCCGCUCCAACAAGGCGCUGGACUACUUCUGCUCAACACAUUUCUGGGGUCCAGCCUCAAACUUUGGUAUUCCUCUGGCUGCGAUUGCCGAUAUGAAGAAAGACCCUGAGAUUAUCUCCGGGCCCUUUACCGCAUCCCUCGCCUUCUACAGCGGCACUUUCAUGCGAUACUCUAUGGCUGUGACACCCAAGAACUACCUCCUAUUUGCAUGCCACUUCAUCAACUUCAACAGUCAGCUAGUGCAAGGUUACCGGUGGUAUGACUACUGGUACAUGGGCGGUAAGACGAACUCCGAGAAUCUGAAGCUACAAGCCGAGGGCAAGGCAUCUGAGCUAGAGACAAAGGCGGAAGGAGCCCUAGAUCAAGCAAAGCAGACCGUACAAAAGGGCGUCGAAGAGGCAAAGAAGAAGGUGUCGUGA